CUGCAUCAGCAGCCACAGACAGAAGACGAGAAAAGGCGAAUGCCAAGACCAGCCCACUUCAGGACGAGUCUUGAUCCAAGGUUCAGCUCUCAGCUCAGCUGCCGGCCAGUUGUACGCAGGACAUGGGGGAGAGAUAGUGGAGCAGAGGAGGAUUUGGCAUUUCCAGCACAAUUCAGUGUUUCCAACUUAAACGUUCCCUCUGGUGGCCUUUGAGGAAAUAGCAAAGCUGUGAUUUGAGCAUCAAGAAGGAAAGAAGUGAAAAUUUCAACACAAAUGAGCCUACAACACAAGGAUUUAUUGCUACUAUGUUAAAUCCUCCUAAGAGUUGUUUUAUGUGCUUUGCUGGAAUAUGGCAAUAAGAGGGACUACAUAGAUCCUUAAGAAACCUCUUUAAGGACAGCAAAAGAAACAGGAAGAAUGGAAGCUUCAUAUGCUGCUAGCGCCGCCGUUCCUCCAACUCUGCCAUCGAUCACCUCGUCUCCAGGUUACCUGCUCAGAAUGUUUCGGGAGUAUCAAAGCAACGCCGUCAUUGUGGCUCAUUACAACUACACUGGAAAGCUGAAAGAGAACAAAUACCGGGACGGACUGAAACCCGAGGCCAUUGUGUUUCUCAUCAUCUGUCUUCUCAUUGUGGUGGAAAAUGCCAUUGUUUUGGUGGCAAUAUGGAAGAACAAAAAAUUCCACAUGCCCAUGUACUACCUGUUGGGCAGCUUGACGCUCUCUGAUUUGCUUGCAGGCUUCACCUACAUGGUGAACAUCCUGACUUCGGGUGCAAACACUCUCAAAAUGACUCCAGUGCUGUGGUUUCUACGAGAAGGUGGGGUGUUUAUCACACUUUCUGCAUCUGUCAUCAGUCUCCUCGCUAUAGCUAUCGAGCGGCAUGUCACGAUGGUCCGGAUGAAGCCGUAUCAAGGGGCCAAGCGUGGCCGAAUGUUCGGUUUGAUUGUUGCAAGUUGGGCUCUUUCAGUGCUCCUCGGCAUUCUCCCGAUCAUGGGCUGGAAUUGCAUUGGACAGCUGGAUGAAUGCUCCACCGUCUUGCCUCUUUAUGCCAAGAGCUUCAUCCUCUUCUGCAUUACCGUGUUCAGCCUGGUGCUGAUGUCCAUUGUGGUGCUCUACGUGCGCAUCUUCCGCAUUGUGAAGGCCAACACCCAGCGGUUAGGCUGCGGUCCUCAGCGCAAAGGUCUGGCCAAGAAGUCCCAGAAGUAUCUGGCUCUGCUAAAGACAGUCACCAUCGUUCUCGGGGUCUUCAUCGCCUGCUGGUUGCCUCUCUUUGUGCUCCUUCUGCUGGACUUCUGCUGCCCUGCUCAAAGCUGCGAGGUGCUGCUCAAGGCGGACUACUUCCUGGGUAUCGCCAUGAUCAACUCGCUCCUAAACCCCAUCAUUUACACCCUAACUAGUAAAGACAUGCGGAGAGCUAUUCUGAGACUGGUCUGCAGCUACUGUCUGAUAUCAAAAGAUGGACAGGUGAAGAAGUUUGGCAUGUCUUUCCUGGACUGUAGCACCAGUAAGGUAGAGGUGGCGUCUCACAGGCCGGAGGGCUUGGAAACGACCGUCUCCUCUGGGAACUUCACACCAACCACCAUUAAAACUAUUUACCCGAGGAUAUUGAAGAGCUGAGGAAGAACAAUGCAUUAAGUUCAAAUUGACAAUGCAAGCCUCAUGGUUCAGGUUGAAUAUUUAUAAAAAUGCCAAAUGGACAAGUAUGAGGUGCUUUAAGUAUGAUUCCAGGAGACGUUGUGUUUUGGACUUCAGAGUUGGUUUCCUCUACAUGCAUUAAAGCAAACCACGAGGCUACCAGAGAGCGUGGUAGACCAGACAAGUGGAAUUUUUUUUACUGUGAUAAAUACCAGUUUAAAACGGAUUGUUUGUGGGUCAGACUGCAUUGCAAGUGCCUUUUUAAAACUAGGAUUUUAACCAGAAAACAAAAAGCAGUUGUACAGCUGAAUUGAGCGAAUGCGAUGCAUUGUGCAAAUAUGCAUUGAAAAGAACUCUUCUGAUGUUAUAUGAGACUCGUGUGAGAAUUUUCAAAAAUAAUAAGCUUGUAUAGCAAGUCGUUUUCACCUCUGGUCCAAAUAGCAGUUGAAAUGUUCAGACUUUGUGGUGUAAAGACACAAAGAAAAUGACGGGUUGAAGCCUCCACACACAAGCAUGUAAGUCCUUUGGCAUUUUAACAAUACAUAUGCACACAAAUAAAAACUACAAGGCAAGUGACUGUUCUUAAUUUGUAAGAUGUUUUCCUCUUAUAAGGGUAUUUUUGGGAAAUACUGUUUUUAUGUUAAAGCUCCCCUUAAAAAUGUAAGCAUGCUAUACUUUUCUAUGUUUGCUUAUACAGGAAAUAUAGUCUCAGUGACUUAAAGUGGCACAAGUUAAAUAAAUAUUGUAUAUUUUAUAAAUAUUGUAACAAAGUUUUUAUCUUGUUGUAUGGAAUGGCAUCAUUUAUGUGUAGCAGUGAUAAAACAGCACUGACAUUCAAGCAAUAUUGCAUUUCUGUAAAACUGUCUGUGUACUGAAAAGGAUGCAUUCAUGUGUUUAUUGUGUUUUGUUGAUCCUAAAUUAUGAGCCUUAACAAAUAUUUUAAAAGUGCAUUAAUUAAAAGUGUUUUCUUGAA